GCGCAAAAAUUUCGUCAAAGUUGCAGCUCUCCAGUGACAUCUUGUCUCGAUGAUCCGAAGGAAUAUAAAUAACGUGUUCUCCAGUAAUCGCAGUUCCUCACCAUUCAUUAUUAUUGAGUGAUGUCUAACGCAAGUGUGCUUGUCGUAAGCUGUAAAUAUAUAUUCCAGGAGUAGAUUAAGUAAAACAAUACGACGCUUUAAUCAUGACGGAAGAAUUAAAACUGGAUCAUCGUGCGAGGAAGCGGAUCAAGGAGGUGAAAAAGAAGGCUCGACCAGAGCUGGCAGAUAAGGUAGCAUGGAGUCAGCAUGGUUACAAUAAGAAUUUUCAAUCUUUCUGGAAUUUUCAAGACAAUGCUGAACGAAUCGAUGAAUCUAACAUGGUUAUAGAGGAUUUUGUAGAAAAAUAUGAGAAACCCUACAAGCCUGUGAUAAUACGAGGUGUUCAAAAUGGCUGGAAAGCCCAAUACAAGUGGACUAUAGAGAAAUUAGCCAAGAAAUAUCGGAAUCAAAAGUUUAAAUGCGGGGAAGACAAUGAAGGAUACAGUGUAAAAAUGAAGAUGAAGUACUAUGUACGUUAUAUGCUUCAUAAUGAUGAUGAUUCUCCCUUGUACAUUUUUGACAGUUCGUUCGGUGAGCAUCCAAGACGAAAAAAAUUACUGGAUGAUUAUGUAAUCCCCAAAUACUUUCGGGAUGAUCUUUUUCAUUAUGCUGGGGAACACCGAAGACCGCCAUAUCGAUGGUUUGUUAUGGGCCCUGCUAGGUCAGGUACGGGAAUACAUAUAGAUCCAUUGGGUACCAGCGCAUGGAAUGCGUUAAUUUCCGGUCAUAAGCGUUGGUGCCUAUUCCCGACGCAUACACCUCGCGAGCUCCUCAAAGUAACCGCGGCAGAAGGUGGCAAACAGCGAGAUGAAGCCAUCACCUGGUUCUCUGUUGUCUAUCCUCGAACAAAGUUGCCUACGUGGCCGCAAGAUUGCCGACCAAUAGAGAUUCUGCAGGCUCCUGGCGAAACCGUUUUCAUCCCCGGUGGUUGGUGGCAUAUCGUUUUAAAUCUUGACGAAACUAUAGCGGUUACACAGAAUUUCUGUUCGCGCACCAACUUCCCAGUAGUUUGGCACAAAACGGUACGAGGAAGACCGAAAUUAUCACGAAAAUGGUUGAAAGUACUCAGGGAUAAAGAGCCUACGUUGGCGGCAUUAACGGAUACUAUAGAUGUAAAAGAAGACACUGGUGUUGCCAGUGAUUCUUCGAGCGGCUCUUCGAGCAGUUCUUCGAGUAGUAGCAGUAGCAGUCAAUCCGAAGACAGCGAGGAUGAUAGUGGUCAAGAGUCACUUACCACGCAUAAAAAGAAGAAGAGGUAUAAGAAAAUUGAAUAACAGCCAACCCUGACAAUAUCCAGUAUUUGGAACCUACAGAGACCUCAGACUGUACAGUAUUAAUCAAUCCCCUUACAUAAUUAUUGUUUGUACUAAAAAUAAAUAUUAUAAUUAUUAUCUUUAUGUUCAUAAUAAAAUAAAUAUUAGAUAA